CGCCACUCGCCUGGAGCGCGCGGGCGAGGCGGGCGCAGCGCACCGGGGGCUCUCGUGGGCGCACAGCUGCGCGCUCGCACCGCGCGGCUCUCGGUGGCGGCGGCGGCCGCCCGAAACGCGGGGCUCCCGGGGUGAAAGCCGCUGCAGCUCCCGAUCGCGACCCCGCUCCCCGUCCCUGGUCCCAUCCCGGCCACCUCUUCGGCCAUGGCUCUGGCGGACAGCACCCGAGGAUUACCCAACGGGGGUGGAGGCGGCGGGGGUGGCAGCGGCUCGUCGUCGUCCUCGGCGGAGCCGCCGCUCUUCCCGGACAUCGUGGAGCUGAACGUGGGGGGGCAGGUGUAUGUGACCCGGCGCUGCACCGUGGUGUCGGUGCCCGACUCGCUGCUCUGGCGUAUGUUCACGCAGCAGCAGCCGCAGGAGCUGGCCCGGGACAGCAAAGGCCGCUUCUUUUUGGAUCGGGACGGCUUCCUUUUCCGCUACAUCCUGGACUACCUGCGGGACUUGCAGCUCGUGCUGCCCGACUACUUCCCGGAGCGCAGCCGGCUGCAGCGCGAGGCCGAGUACUUCGAGCUGCCCGAGCUCGUGCGUCGCCUCGGGGCGCCCCAGCAGCCGGGUCCCGGGCCCCCGCCGCCGCACUCGCGCCGCGGGGUUCACAAGGAGGGCUCCGUGGGCGACGAGCUGCUGCCCCUGGGCUACUCGGAGACCGAGCCGCCGCAGGAGGGCGCCUCGGCCGGGGCUCCGUCGCCCACGCUGGAGCUGGCUAGCCGCAGCCCGUCCGGGGGCGCGGCGGGUCCCCUGCUCACGCCGUCCCAGUCUUUGGACGGCAGCCGGCGCUCCGGCUACAUCACCAUCGGCUACCGCGGCUCCUACACCAUCGGGCGCGACGCCCAGGCGGACGCCAAGUUCCGGCGGGUGGCGCGCAUCACCGUGUGCGGCAAGACGUCCCUGGCCAAGGAGGUGUUUGGGGACACCCUGAAUGAGAGCCGGGACCCCGACAGGCCCCCGGAGCGCUACACCUCGCGCUAUUACCUCAAGUUCAACUUCCUAGAGCAGGCCUUCGACAAGCUGUCCGAGUCCGGCUUCCACAUGGUGGCGUGCAGCUCCACAGGCACCUGCGCCUUUGCGAGCAGCACCGACCAGAGCGAGGACAAGAUCUGGACCAGCUACACCGAGUACGUCUUCUGCAGGGAGUGAGCUCCCCAGACCCCUUGCCACUCCUGCGCCCACUCCGCUUCCUCCACGCGGGGCAGAGGGCAGGAUUAUAGAUGUCCUAGCCCCCUUCCCCUCGUGUCCUGGUUCCCACUGUCCCCUACCCCCUCCGCCCCCAGUAGCUCACCCAGACGGGUCAGCUCCCUUGAGAAUCGCAGCCACAGAUCUUCUGGGCUUCUUCGCCUUCUUUGGACCCCGCUAACCGAGAGUGCUCAGACGCAGCCCUUCACCCAUGCUUCCUCGACUCCUGGCCUCCAACCACCCUUCCCCCAGAUUGUACUUGAGUGGACGUCUAGCGGGGCAGUGCGGGCACAAAGUCACCAAGUUCCUGGGGAUGACUGACUUGUUCAGAACCCGAUUGGACUGUGUCCAGCGAGUGUGCGGAAGAGUCUUUGAUAGAGGUUUCCGAGAUGAGAACUGAGAGUCGUGUGUGGAGACAGUGUUUCAAACGGUUAUUACAGACUUGCUCUUCAUUAGAGAGGAAAAGUCUUAGACGACUGAAUGGAAGACUGUAAGGCUGGGAUUAAGGCCCCAUGGAGGGAGUGAGUUCAGAGGCUGUAUGUAAAUAAAGUAACUUUUUUUUUUUUAAAGUUACAGGUAGAAGUAAAGCCUAGUCCUGGUAACCGGAGGUUCCUGUUUUCCCCACACAAUACAUCUCCUGUUGCUUAAAAUUGUAGAAAGCAAUCCUUCCGCCUGCGGAGGCGCCUUUUCUUGCCAGCAUUUGCCUGAGCUUUAGGUUUUAUUGGCUAAGGCAGCAGGGAGCAGGAGGCCAGGCUGCCCAGGCCUCCAGAGCUGCAGGAAAUCACCAGGUACUAAUGCAGGACUGUUAGGAGGAUCUUACAGCCCUACAGCCCUUAGGUUUAGGACUAGUGGGAGGGUCAGGGAGGGAGGAAGGAGGGGAGGAAGGGCGGGAAGGGAGGAGAGGACAUACUCAUUUAUUAUUUGAAAGUUGGAAGUUUGUGCCAUCCAUUUGAGUACCUGCACUUUUAAAAAAUAUCAAACAGUACUUGUAAACUUGGAUUUUUCUCAAAAUUAGUAAAAGCCCACUUUCAGCUGGAAGCUUAUCGAGCUAUUUUGAGUCCUAAACUUUUAAGUUACUAACACUUGUAUAACCUAACCAAAGAGUUAUCUAGUAGAGUUUUUUAGUGGUUUGAACGUUUGUUUUCUUGUUGAUUAUAUUUCCUUAUUUUAUAACCCAUUUACUUAAGUAAAGUAAGUUUGAUUUUAGCUACUUAGACUUCAGAUCUCUUAUUAUUAUUUUUAAAUUACUGUUUUUCCUCUGACCCCAGCAAGUAUGGACUGCUGGGCAGUUCUGAAAACGUGAACAACGCCAUUUCUUUCUUGUGUUUGUUCGACGUUUCAGUGGACUCUUUUUCUGUGACAGAGCUGAAGAUAAACUAAGCCCCCGGAGCCGCCCGUCUGUAGACAGCUGUGAAGUGAAAUGUUCUUAAAUGAAGGCGAAUAAAUACUUCCGUGUGAGCUGAGCAAUAACAUGGUGUUUUAGGUAAAUGCAGCAGUGACAGGAGAAGACCUGAUGCCUUUACUCACCUGGAGUGAAUUCCUAGUGUGUAUCCUGUGCACACCAGACCCGCAGGGAGGCAAAUCCUAUGCCUCCUGCUGAGAGGCAUCCUUUGAAUUAUCUGUGAUGAUGGAGAAGCCUUUGUGUGUGUGUUUGUUUCACCAUCUUUCUCUGAAAUGUGUUUUUAAAGAUUUUUGUAAGAGUCAUUUUAAGUGUUUAAGUUAGUGCUGUUUUUCCCUCUUUUUGAAAAUGAACUGUACUGUACUUCACUGUGUCCAUAGCAGAUGUUAUGAAUUGGGACAGUUUUAUCCUCAGACUCAUGUGAUCCAAUCUGUACAUACCACAUAUAAACAUUUUACAAGAAUCAUUUAGUUUUUUAAUUCAUCUACUAAUGCUAUACAAUUUCCUACAUUUACCCCUGGUAACUUACACUUGUUGGUGUAUAUACAAAAGCUACAUGUUUUGGUGAGUUUCUUCUAUCCUUGCCUAUGAACUUGGGUCAGGAAAACAUUCAUAUCUGUCAGGCUGGGUUUGCUCCAUACAUCUUUGCUGGGGUGUUAGUUGUAUGUCAAUCAUAUGUCAGUUAACUGUCUACCUGCAUUCAAGCUAUCCAUAUCUUUAAUCCAAUAAUGUUUUCAUUUUAACUGGGAAAGAGUUAAGUAUUUUCUGUUAGUUCCCAUUUUUUUUAAAGAAAAGUUAGGUUUAAUGAAAGGAAGCAGGGAUCCAGGAAGUUGCUUUCGCUUCAGUGCUGAGCUCAGUUUUCUACAGUGGAUUAGGUAAUGGAUCAGAACCUUUGUGUCAAGCUCGAAAUGACUUAGGACUGUCACUCACUGGCCAAAGAUUUCUCAUGUCAUGGUACUCUGUUAGAUGGCUUAACAAAGAAAUACACGAUCAGGAACAUCUUUAGAACAGACCAAAAUACGCAGACAGAUGGCAGGACAGAAGUUCUGAUCCUCCUGGUCGAAUCUGCACAACUUUAGGAGCCAUGAGAGCCUGCUGAAGCUUUGUCUGCACUCCAGUUGUAUGAAUCGUACCUUGGAAAACUACUCAGUUGUCUUGGUAACACAUAGGCAUCCUCUUGUACCUUCCACCACACCCUGGCUGGUCUGUAAUUCUGAAGACUGAGAACUUAGUGUUAGGAAUAGUCCAUGGGCCUCUUUCCCUGGGAAGUGACUGUACCCUCUGCUGUGGAAGUCAAAGCAUGAAAACUUUUUAGCCCAAAGUGAGGUCUGAGUAGUCGUCUUAUUCUAUGACAGGAACAUAGGAUGACUAAAUCAGGGUCACCUGGCAUGGGUACUUUCCUCCUGCUGGGCUUUGGGCUUUAGAAGGAACACUUAAGGCUUACAAAAUGUUUUCAAGUAUUGAUUAGCACCUGUGAGUUUGAUUAGUGUACCAAAUAGAUUAAGGCUUUCAAACAUAUCUUUGAAAUGACCUGGGAGAAUGUUGUAAACUAUUUAAAUAAUUAUGGCUGCAUUAAUCCAUAUCAGAGAGGCAAGCAUUUGCAUAUGUUGAUCAAAUUACCAUUUGAUGCUGAUAAAUAAUGGAAUGCCAUUAGAUUUAAUAGCUGGUUUUUAUAAAGAAGUGUUGACAUUCAUUGUGGUUGGAAAAAAUAGGUACUGUGUUCCAUGCUUGUGGAUGAGAUGCUUAAUGUAUUGUUUGUUUUUUAAUUCAUGUGGAUUAUGAACCACAUUCAUUCUAAAUUUUCAGAUAUGUAGAGGAAAUAUUCCUUGAAGGUGUGAGAAAUUUCUCCCCUUUUAAUACUGUUUUUAUUCUAGUGUUUCUUAUUUAGGUUUUUCAAUUAACAGCAAAGUGAUAAUGCUAGCCCAAAUUGUCUUCUUUUUAAAAGCAGAAUCAUAUAUAUGUUUUAAAUGUAUGUGUACCUGCUGCUUCUCUGAGGAAAUAUAUAAUGUGCAAAUACAUAGAGAAAAGUGGCAGUGCUUAUAACAUAGUCUACUUUUUAUUGUAGUUUCCAUGGAAUUCUGUUAUUAAAUCAAAGUCAUGUAUGACAAAGCUUUGAUAAUUUUUUAACUCUUCAAAUUAUGGUAAAUUUCAAUCUAGUAUUCAAAUCAUUUUUGUACUCCUAUAUGUAAAAUAAAUUAUAAUGCAGAUAUUUAAAAAAUAUUGAGUGAAGGAAGUGAAUUCGUUAAGAAUUUCUUUUACAGUUUUAAUUACAAGUACUAUAAAAUUGACAUAUUUUAAAAAGAGUAGACUUGGUAUUUCUAUUGUUAAAAUCUUAGUCAAGACUUUGCUUGCGAUUUUUAUUAGUUUUUCAUCACUACAAAUCAUUUACAAUCUGAAUAUUUUGGAUAACUCCAAUCUGUCUCUUGAGUAAUGAGUAAAAUGCAGUAUUCUUAUUCCCAGGGUCUAUAGUACCUAGAAGUUUUCACAGAGCCAUAAAUAAGUUGUUGUUGAAGUCAACUUUUCUUUGGGACAGGUUUGGACAGUACAAAUCUCAAGGUCUGAAAACAUGAGGAUUUAGAUUCUUUUCUGGGCCCCAUUAAACGAAGAUGGAAUAAUCCUAGCAGAAGAUACACCUAGAGUAUACAGUUGUAUGGUAGGAAGAUGGACUAGUUGACUAAGAAUGCUUGCCAUUUAAAGUAUUUUGUAAUUUUCAAGCCACUUUUAUUUAAAAUGUGCUUUUAAGUGUGCAGACAUUAAUUGUAAUGCAAACUGUUAUACAACCCUCUUUGUGACUUUAUAGCCAGGUAAACUUUGGUAUAACUCUCGAAUACAAAUGAUACACAUUCACCUCGCCACUGUUAGUAUCCAUUUAAUGACAAGGCAUUGAAACAUUCUAGUGGCUAUGAAUUUUGAACAUGUAAAUUACAUUUUCUGGGCAUUUGCAAAUUUCCUGUUUGUAAUAUUUAUUUGGAUUCUGAAAUGUUGAAAAUGUUAUUUGCUAGGUGAUACGUAUCUUUGAGCUAUUUCUUAAAAAUCUAAGAGGACAUGGAAAAUAUCACAAUGUUAGACUUUUCUAAUGAAACAUAAACCCAAGAAUAAAAGCCCCUCUAUAUUAAAAAGAAAACAAAACACACGGAUGAAAUCUUUUCAGAGGUGCUCAAACUUUGAAAUUGCUUUCAUCCAUCCAAAAUGCUUCGUUUUGUUUUAUCUAUUCACAGCCAGUUGUGUGAUGGAAACGCUCAAUGCUGGUUUCCCUGCCGUGUGUGAAGUAAUGAAUCAUUGAUUAUGUGACUUGUUGUGUAUUCUAUUAAACACUAAAGAAUAAAACAUUCACUCCUUUAA